GCUGCACAAAGAAGUGCCUCAAGCAGGCGCCACAGGAGUGCUACACCUGGUACGAGGAGCACCUGGAGAAAUCGACCGCUGAAAGCCAUGUGUCCAUCGAACAAUGGCAGCGGGCCGAGACGGUGGUCACGUCCACCGCCACUCCCCUCGACCCCGAGGAGGUCGACGAGUGGCGCGCGUGGGAGGCCAGGGAGCUGGCUGAGGCAGGCGUCGUCGCUGGCGGCGGCGGCCUCCGCGCCAAGUCGGCGCCCUCGGCGCCGCCGCCCGCCGUCGCCGCCGAUCAGGUCCGCUCCCUCCACGAGACUGCGGAGUCUCUCAAGGAGACGAUGAUGGCGGUGGCGGGCGUGGUAGCUGCGGGCUCUGCUGCGGCCUCUUCGUUGUCGGCGUCCAACGCGGUCACCAUCCUCAACGAGACCAUGGCGCCGAUGGCGCCGCUGCAGGUGAGCGCGACGACGGCGACGCUGUCCAUGGGCGCGACCAAUCAGAUCGUGGACCACAUCAGGCGGGCCGAGAGCUGCGCGGAGACGGCGGCGGACGUCUGCAGCAAGGCCGCGGCCGCUUUCCAGCGCGAGGCGGCGAGCCCGGCGCCGGUGCGCGCCGACGUCGAGCAG